GUCAUCGUCACCUGCGCCGCUCCGCCGUGAUCUGGAUGUGCUUCCCGUCUAAAAAGCAGAAGAAUCUGUUAUCCGACGACCCCGCUCCCUCCACCGACAAAUCUAUAAAGCAGGCCCCAACUCAGUCCUCCAAGCCUCAACCUCCCCCCGUCGAACCCACUCCCGCAGCAGCUGCCAGCACAGUCCCCCCUUCAGCCAACACCACCACCUCACCUGCUUCCACCAUGAGCUCUCCAAAGGUCGCCAUCAUCAUCUACUCCAUGUACGGGCAUAUCGCCAAGUUGGCCGAGGCCAUCAAGGGCGGUAUCGAGUCCGCUGGCGGUGCUGCCACCAUCUACCAGGUUGCCGAGACUCUGCCUGAGGAGGUCCUCAAGAAGAUGUACGCACCGGCCAAGCCAGACUACCCCGUCCUCGCCCCCGGUGACCUCGCCCAAUUCGACGCCUUCCUCUUCGGUAUCCCGACCCGUUACGGUAACUUCCCUGCUCAAUGGAAGACUUUCAUCGACGGUACCGGUCAGCUCUGGGCUUCCGGUGCCCUCGACGGCAAAUCCGCCGGUCUCUUCAUCUCCACCGCUGGCGCGGGCGGAGGACAGGAGUCGACCGCCAUCGCCGCAAUGUCCACCCUCGUCCACCACGGCGUCAAGUACGUUCCUCUCGGUUACAAGCACGCCUUUGGCCAGCUUACCAACCUGAGCGAGGUCCACGGUGGUUCUCCCUGGGGUUCCGGCACGUUCGCGGGCGCUGACGGAUCCCGCCAGCCCUCCCCUCUCGAGCUCGAGAUCGCUACCAUCCAGGGCAAGACCUUCUGGGAGAAGGUCUCCAAGGUCUAAAAACCUUUCCUUGUUCUUGUGGUCGUACGAGUAGUGUAUUCUGAGACGGCGUCGCUGUAAAUAUUAUCAUACAUACCGAGGAACUAAAUCAUCAAUGCAUCAGUGAUUGUACGAAAUCAUAUUACU